CCGCGCGUUGUGGCAAUCCAAAUAAGCACAUAACUUUACACUAGCAACAACAAGAGACCCUUGUCAGUUUCGAAGAUUGAAAACAAAAUCUGUGGCUAGCAGUUUCAUUUUGACAAUGAAGUUGAAGAACGGCCUAGUGUUUUUCUCACUAAAAUUGAGAAAAAUUAUUAGUGAACGGGGUAUACAAACUAUGGUUGUAUUGAGCCUUGCCAUACAAAUCAUCCUAAUCGUGAUGGGCUACAAGAGAAAGGUUUCCAACAGCAACAAACUUGUCCUCCUUCUGUGGGUUGCCUACCAAUUAGCAGGAUGGUUCGCAACUGUAUCACUGAGUAUCAUCUCCAACCAUUUCGCACCUGACACCAAAGACCCGAAGUUUUCCAUAGCAGCAUUCUGGGCUCCAUUUUUUCUCUUGCACCUUGCUGGUCCAGACACCAUUACAGCGUACUCCUUGGAAGACAAUGCAUUGUGGCGGAGGCAGGCUCUAACUCUAGUUGGCCAAGUAGGAGUGACUAUCUUUAUCAUCUUUAGAGCCUGGGCAAAUGAGCUGCUGAAUUUUCUGGCAGUUGUGAUGUUGAUUCCUGGGUUAAUCAAGAUUGGGGAGAGAAUCUGGGUUCUGAGGUCUGGAAGCAGUGAAAACUUUAAAGCAACCACACUUCGUCGUCCUGAUCCAGGUCCCAAUUAUGCUAGAUUCAUGGAAGAAUACCAAUCAAAGAAAGACGAGGGGUUAGACGUCACAUUAGAUACGUUGAUUGAAGCUCGUUUUGUAUCAGAUAUUUCCCUUCCUAUGCAAAAAAAUUGUAAAAUCCCAGAUGCAGCCAUUCUUCAACGGGCCUAUAUAAUGUUCCAGACUUUCAAGCAGCUAUUUUCAGACCUCAUACUGAGCAUCCAAGAUAUAAAGAAUAGCCAAUCCUACUUUCAGAAAGUUUCGUUUGAAGAAGCUUUUAAAGUGAUUGAGGUUGAGCUAGGAUUCAUGUACGAUGUGUUUUAUACAAAGGCUUUCUUAGUUUAUUCUCUAAGGCCUGGUUGUUUUCUACGUCUUACUAGUUUCUGUUCUACCUUGGUUGUACUUUUGGUUUUCUCGACUGUAGGUGACAACAAGCAACUUUACACAAUAGGCGACAGAGUCAUCACUUAUGUAUUGCUGUGUGGAGCCAUCUCGCUAGAGAUAUAUUCAGUGUUGAUAAUGCUUACCUCAGACUGGUCAAUGCAUUGGCUUAGUAAGCAUGAGAAUGCAAUGGUGGAUCUCUUGUAUAGAGCAAUUUCAGUGAUUUCAUCAAUUCCAUUUUUGGCUCGGAAAAAGAGGUGGCGAAAUAAAAUGGGACAAUACAAUCUAAUAAAAUAUUGCAUGGAAUGCAAGCCAGCAAGGUGUGGUCUUAUCCAGAGGUUCUUAUUCCAUCAUGAAAUGUUAGAGAAGAAUCGGUACCAAGAGUUUAAGGAGGUUUCUCAGGAUUUGAAGAAAUUGAUAUUUCAGCAUCUUCUGGAGAAAUCAAGGAGUGCCAAAGAUCUCAAGCCUUGCACGGAAUUAUGUGCUUGUAGGGGGGACCGGGUUCUUAAAAAGUCGAAAUGCUCUGAUUGCAUCAGAAAAGAAGAAAGUAAAAAACACCAUGAGAAGGUUCUAAAAUAUUCGAAAUGCUCUAAUUGCAUCAGAAAAGAAGAAAGUAAAAUAUUCCAUGAGACAGUGGAGGAAGAAUCUGAUCAUGUUGAUAAAGAUGCAAAAUGUUUGAAUGAAAUAAACAGAAAAUAUCGUAAUAUACUCCAAGAGAGCGUCGAGGUAGAAUUUGACCAAAGCAUUCUUCAGUGGCAUAUUGCAACAAGCCUAUGUUAUAAUGUUGAUCAAAACACACACCAAAACACUAGUUGUCAAAAUCAUCGUGAGGCCAGCAAGUUGUUAUCAGACUAUAUGUUAUAUCUUCAAGUCAUGCGUCCUAUCAUGCUGCCCAAUGGGAUUGAACAGAUCAGGGUCCAAGAUACCUUGGCCGAGGCUAAAAUAUUUUUUGAAGAAAGAAAAUCUGUAUCUGAUGAAAUCCAAGCAUCGAAAAAGUUACUUGUAGUGAAUACUGAUAUUCCUCCAUCUGUUGUGAAAGGAGACAGAAGCAAGUCAGUGCUAUUUGAUGGAUGUCGACUUGCUAAAUCUUUGCAAUGCCUGGAGAUUGAUAAGAAGUGGGAAUUGGUAAGUGAUGUAUGGAUUGAAAUGAUGUGUUAUGCUGCGACUAAGUGUCGAUGGAACCAUCAUGCUCAGCAGCUCUGUCGAGGCGGAGAGUUUUUCACUCAUGUGUGGCUUCUUAUGGCACAUCUUGGUAUAACCGAGCAGUUUCAAAUUUCAAAAGGCCAUGCAAGGGCUAUGCUGGUUAUACAGUGAAAAAGCUUUUAUGGUGUGCGAAAGUGCUCCUAUUCCCAAAAUAGUGCA